UCGGCUUGCGGCCGUUGGUCGCGAGCGAUGGGCGGGCAGAGUGGAACGUGCGGCCGUUAAACCGCCACCCGCCGUGUGCUCGGGGGCGGGAUCGCAAAUUGCGCGUGCGCCGAUCCACUCUGACGGUCCGGUCGGGGCCUGCAAACCUGCUGCUUCCGGUAGAACGGCGGGGGCCCAGCGCCGCUGCCUUCCCCCAUCCUUCUCCACCCUGAUGCGAUGGAAGGGGACGGUUAUCAUGGAGCCCGGCUGUGACCAUGGAGGCCGCAGGGAGCCUGGGGCCCGGGGGCCCGCAGUCCCCCGGAACCGCUGAAGGGGCCGCAUCGAUGAAGAGGAGCGGAGGGGAAGCAGUCUCCGAGGGGAAGAGCGUGGGGUUUGUGCUUGUGCAUGCAGGGGCAGGCUAUCAUUCUGAGUCAAAAGCCAAGGAGUAUAAACAAGUAUGUAAGAAAGCUUGUCAAAAGGCAAUAGAGAAGCUGCAAGCUGGAGUUCUAGCUGUUGAUGUAGUUACGGCAGCUCUUAUUGAGCUUGAGGACUCUCCUUUCACCAAUGCAGGCAUGGGAUCCAAUCUUAAUCUGUCAGGGGAUAUAGAAUGUGAUGCCAGUACAAUGGAUGGAAAAUCAUUGAAUUUUGGGGCUGUUGGAGCACUCAGGGGGGUCAAGAAUCCAAUCUUAGUUGCAAAUAAACUGUUAAAUGAAGCACAGAAGGGGAAGCUCUCUGCUGGCAGAAUUCCUCCCUGUUUUUUAGUUGGAGAAGGGGCUUACAAAUGGGCAGUGGAUCAUGGAAUUGUUCCGUGUCCUCCUGACAUGAUGGCAACAAAGUUCAGCUUAUCUGCAUUUAGGAAAAACAGACGAAAGCUGGAGCUUGCAGAGAAGGUGGAAACAGAAAUGAUUCAGACAAAGAAGAGAAGAGAAGUGUCUGAAAACACUAAUGACACAGCUUCAUUAGAUACUGUUGGGGCAGUAGUUGUGGAUCAUGAAGGAAAUGUUGCUGCUGCCGUUUCCAGUGGAGGGUUGGCAAUGAAGCAUCCUGGGAGAGUUGGCCAAGCAGCUGUGUAUGGCUGUGGGUGCUGGGCAGAGAAUACAAGUGGCCCUAAUGUAUACUCUACAGCUGUGAGUACAUCAGGUUGCGGAGAGCACCUUGUGCGGACUGUGUUGGCUAGGGAAUGUUCGGUGGCCCUACAAGCAGAAGAUGCCCACCAGGCAUUGCUAGAAACUAUGCAAAAGAAGUUUAUUCGUUCACCAUUCCUCGCCCAUGAAGACACUGUCCUCGGAGGAGUCAUUGUUCUUCGCUGCUGCAAAUGCUCAUUAGAAUCCGAAUCAUCGUUAAACACUCAACCUCUCCUAGUUGAGUUUUUAUGGAGUCAUACCACUGAGAGUAUGUGUGUUGGGUAUAUGUCAACUCAAGAUGGCAAAGCUAAGUCCAAACCUGGAUGUUGUCGUGCUACGUAUGAAUGUGAGCUGCUUCCUUAUGAGGAGUCAUGAAAGAUGCUGAACAUUGUGCUGUCAUCAGCCAGUAACCCCACUUCUGAACUUCUGAUGGAAGGAAGAUCAUUGGAGUAGCUGAAGAUGGCUGGGCCUGGAACACAACUCUGAGGAAGCCCACUACCAAUAUCCUUGGACAGUGAUGGUUGUCCUGCAGCAAUCGCAACCAACUUCCUUGUGUCCAUGUCACGCCCAGUAAAGGCAUGUAAGAUUUAUAACUUUAAAUAUAUUCUGUAUUAACUGGGCCUACCUCCUUUUUCAAUAGACAUACAAAUGUAUGAAAUAGAAGCAGAAGUAAAUCAUUUAGCUUCUCAAGCCUGCUCCACCAUUCAAUACGAUAGUAAAAUCUAUCGCAAGGGUCAAGUGAGUUAUGAAAUAUCAGUGAAGGUGCCAAAGUAUUGAUUGUCUGUGUGUAGAAUGUCUCCCUUGAAUUGAAUGGAUGUACCAAGACACAACCACCUAAUGUUGUGGGGACUUGCUUAAAACUCAACCUCUGAAGCCAUAAACUGUUUCUCUAAGCUUGAAGCUCAAAGAGUCAAAUCAUGGGUAAGUGUGGAAAGCCAUCAUACAUUUCCCCCGAUGCGUAGCAUUGGCUUCAAAUUUCAAAUCAUUCAGAGUAGGUGAUAAAAGUAUUGACCAUGUGAUCAUCUAAUGAAACCUGUCCUCUGAUUAACCAGUUUUCUUCGAAGCACCAGGAAGAAAACAGACUGACUUCAAACAGCACAGUAAAAACAAAGUUAGCAACAUAGACAACAUUAGACUAGAGACUGCAAAAUUGUACAGUAUCCUCUUACGUUUUCAAGUCCAGCAGUACAGCAAAACAGAUUUCUAGCAAUAAAACCACAAGCAACCAACUUUGAUCUGCUGCAAAUCCAGCUCUUCAAGGGAAUCUUGCAAUAGCUUUGAUAUAAUUUUUGAUUAUUGAAUUUUGAUAUUUAGUUGUUGAAUUCACAUAGCAACAUCUUAAGAAUGGAAAAUAAGCCAUUCUUCGCCACACCUGUAGAGAUGAUGAGCUAAUCACAUGACUUAUGAACUCUGUAACUUGUCAAUAUGCACUACUCUUUUGAACUGUAAUUCCCUCAGGUGUGUGUGUGAGAAAUGUAGCAUUAAGGUUUUUGAAGUGUUUAUGUGAAUAAAUAAUCAUCUUUAUUUCAACUGACUCAAAAACAAGCUGGUUAUUGAAUAUUAAUCAUGCAUUCAGGGGUUAAGAAACAUUUGCAUCUUACUUUUCAAAAACGAUUGCAGGCAGUAAAGAAAAGGAGGAACACAUUUCUCUCUCAUUCUGUAAGAGAUAGGCAUGAUUAUUACCAAACUUGAUUUAAAGUGAAGUCGCGUUGGUUGUUUUGAUUUUUUUGCCCUUAGGAAAAGCUCAGGAGAAGUGGGUUGUGUUUAUUUUCAAAACUAAGUGUUUGUGAAAGAUCAAAUUGAAACUAGUAGCACUAAAUAUAUAUGAAACCAAUUUACUAGUGUCUAACUUCUGUUGUUUAUAAAGCUGACUACUGAAAUAAAAAGAUCUACUCAAAAGCAGAAUUUUGUCCCGUCUCAUUUUAAAAUUAUUUUACAUGUUUGCUAUAUAUUAUUUUCUAGUCAGUUGCUCAAGAUCUCAGUUGUGUUUCUCACUAAGUAAUGGUCUAACAAAUGAUUUUUAAUGAGCUUUCAUCUGUGUAUGCUGACUUGCCUUUAAUGUUGGUUUUUGGAAGCUUCGUGCCAACAUCUGUUGUCUUGAUCAGUGAUGAUGAAAGCAGCUUUUUUGUGGCAUGUGGAAAUGGCUGGUUAUAUUAUUGCCAAUAUUGGAAAAUAAUAGAAUUCAACCUGAUGUAAGAACAAAGCGAAAAUGUUGACCUGAUCUCUACAGGUGCAGAUUCUGCCCUUGAUAGAGUCAUCUUAUUUUCUCCCUUCUGUUCUUUUACUAAUGAAAGCGAUGUGGCCAUUAAAUAAUAAAAUAUAAUAGACAAAAAACUCUUUGAAGAGUAAUAUGUUGAGUCCAUUAUUUAUUUUCCCAGCAUAUUUUUAACACUGCAGUUAUCUAAUUUUCAUAUUAAUUUGUAAAUCAUGUUUUAAAUGCAUGCUGGAGCAGAGAACUGCACUUUGCAGUAAUGUUGAUUAGUAGAAUGAAGUAAAUUCCCUGGAAAUGAGGGAGUUAAUGAAUACAUGUUAUUUUGGAUAUUUUUGCCUGUCAGUGUGCUUUAAAAGAACCUAGUUUUGUGUGUGUUGCACCAAAGAACAACCUCCUGAUUUGGCCACUAACAUCAGGUUCUGUAUAAAUUUCAUUUUUAAAAAUUCUUAAGCCCCUAGUUCCUUUCAUUUGCAGUAUUUUCAUGAUCCUUCUCUAAAAUAAUACCUUUUCUAAGCCCAUUUUUCAGUGUCCUCAUCCCAACCAUCUUUAGCUACUUCAUUGAUGACCUUCUGUCCAUUGCAAGAUCAGAAGUGGGAAUGUGCAAUCAUCAGCAAACAAUGUUCAGCACUAUUUGUGACUCCUCA